CUGCAGGACGGUGGUUCUCUGGAUCAGUCUCUGAAGAAAGCAGGAAAGAUACCAGAACAGAUCCUGGGGAAAGUCAGCAUCGCUGUGAUUAAGGGCCUGUCCUACCUGAGAGAGAAACACAAGAUCAUGCAUAGAGAUGUGAAGCCAUCUAACAUCCUGGUUAACUCGCGUGGUGAGAUCAAGCUGUGUGACUUUGGAGUGAGCGGUCAGCUCAUCGACUCCAUGGCCAACUCCUUUGUGGGAACCCGCUCCUACAUGUCUCCGGAGCGUCUCCAGGGAACUCACUACUCUGUCCAGUCUGAUAUCUGGAGUAUGGGUCUCUCUCUGGUUGAGAUGGCUGUCGGACGCUUUCCCAUCCCUCCCCCCGACUCCUGCGAACUGGAAAUGAUCUUUGGGUUCCCGGUGGAGGGGGACGCCUGUUCUAGUGACACCACCUCUCCCAAGCCCAGACCCCCCGGACGGCCAGGCAGCUCCUGUGGGCCAGACAGCAGACCUCCUAUGGCUAUCUUUGAACUGCUGGACUAUAUAGUUAAUGAGCCUCCUCCUAAGCUGCCUGGUAUUUUCGGCGCUGAAUUUCAAGACUUUGUGAAUAAAUGUUUGAUCAAGAACCCAACAGACAGGGCAGACCUGAAGCAGUUGAUGGUUCAUCAAUUCAUCAAACAGUCAGAGGCAGAGGAGGUGGACUUCGCAGGCUGGCUGUGUAGCACCAUCGGACUCAACCAGCCAGUCACCCCAACACACAGUGUGGGCAUGUGAUGGCCCUUCUAUACACCUUAGGGAUAUGUCCCAAAUUAGUUCUCCUUCUGACCAAAAGUGUGCACUUGUUCACUUCCCUUCAAUGAUUUGAAAGUGGUGGAAACUCCCACGAGCUCAUGCUUCCACCAAUCCAAUUUUUUGGGGGGAAGCAGCAAACAAGUGCACACUUAAGGAGAUAUUGGGACACACACCUGCUUAGCCAAACACUCAUAGCCUGUAUUCAAACAGAAUUGCUUUGUUUCAUUGGGGUGGUAUUUAAUAAGGACAACAUGUAGGUCUGAUGUUUUAAUAAAGGACAAUGUGUAGGUCUGCUGUUUUAAUAAAGGACAAUAUGUAGGUCUGUUGUUUUAAUAAAGGACAAUAUGUAGGUCUGCUGUUUUAAUAAAGGACAAUAUGUAGGUCUGCUGUUUUAAUAAAGGACAUUAUGUAGGUCUGCUGUUUUAAUAAAGGACAUUAUGUAGGUCUGUUGUUUUAAUAAAGGACUAUAUGUAGGUCUGUUUUAAUAAGGACAAUAUGUAGGUCUGCUGUUUUAAUAAAGGACAAUAUGUAGGUCUGCUGUUUUAAUAAGGACAAUAUGUAGGUCUGUUGUUUUAAUAAAGGACAAUAUGUAGGUCUGCUGUUUUAAUAAGGACAAUAUGUAGGUCUGCUGUUUUAAUAAAGGACAAUAUGUAGGUCUGCUGUUUUAAUAAAGGACAAUAUGUAGGUCUGUUGUUUUAAUAAAGGACAAUAUGUAGGUCUGUUGUUUUAAUAAAGGACAAUAUGUAGGUCUGCUGUUUUAAUAAAGGACAUUAUGUAGGUCUGCUGUUUUAAUAAAGGACAUUAUGUAGGUCUGUUGUUUUAAUAAAGGACAAUAUGUAGGUCUGUUUUAAUAAGGACAAUAUGUAGGUCUGUUGUUUUAAUAAAGGACAAUAUGUAGGUCUGCUGUUUUAAUAAGGACAAUAUGUAGGUCUGCUGUUUUAAUAAAGGACAAUAUGUAGGUCUGUUGUUUUAAUAAAGGACAAUAUGUAGGUCUGUUGUUUUAAUAAAGGACAAUAUGUAGGUCUGCUGUUUUAAUAAAGGACAUUAUGUAGGUCUGCUGUUUUAAUAAAGGACAUUAUGUAGGUCUGUUGUUUUAAUAAAGGACAAUAUGUAGGUCUGUUUUAAUAAGGACAAUAUGUAGGUCUGUUGUUUUAAUAAAGGACAAUAUGUAGGUCUGCUGUUUUAAUAAGGACAAUAUGUAGGUCUGCUGUUUUAAUAAAGGACAAUAUGUAGGUCUGCUGUUUUAAUAAAGGACAAUAUGUAGGUCUGUUGUUUUAAUAAAGGACAAUAUGUAGGUCUGCUGUUUUAAUAAAGGACAUUAUGUAGGUCUGCUGUUUUAAUAAAGGACAAUAUGUAGGUCUGUUUUAAUAAGGACAAUAUGUAGGUCUGUUGUUUUAAUAAAGGACAAUAUGUAGGUCUGCUGUUUUAAUAAGGACAAUAUGUAGGUCUGCUGUUUUAAUAAAGGACAAUAUGUAGGUCUGCUGUUUUAAUAAAGGACAAUAUGUAGGUCUGUUUUAAUAAGGACAAUAUGUAGGUCUGUUGUUUUAAUAAAGGACAAUAUGUAGGUCUGUUGUUUUAAGGACAAUAUGUAGGUCUGUUGUUUUAAUAAAGGACAAUAUGUAGGUCUGUUGUUUUAAUAAAGGACAAUAUGUAGGUCUGCUGUUUUAAUAAAGGACAAUAUGUAGGUCUGCUGUUUUAAUAAAGGACAAUAUGUAGGUCUGCUGUUUUAAUAAAGGACAUUAUGUAGGUCUGUUGUUUUAAUAAAGGACAAUAUGUAGGUCUGUUGUUUUAAUAAAGGACAAUAUGUAGGUCUGCUGUUUUAAUAAAGGACUAUAUGUAGGUCUGCUGUUUUAAUAAAGGACAUUAUGUAGGUCUGUUUUAAUAAAGGACAAUAUGUAGGUCUGUUUUAAUAAGGACAAUAUGUAGGUCUGUUGUUUUAAUAAAGGACAAUAUGUAGGUCUGCUGUUUUAAUAAGGACAAUAUGUAGGUCCGUUUUAAUAAAGGACAAUAUGUAGGUCUGUUGUUUUAAUAAAGGACAAUAUGUAGGUCUGCUGUUUUAAUAAAGGACAAUAUGUAGGUCUGCUGUUUUAAUAAAGGACAAUAUGUAGGUCUGCUGUUUUAAUAAAGGACAUUAUGUAGGUCUCCUGUUUUAAUAAAGGACAAUAUGUAGGUCUGUU